UCGUGCUUGACUCGUAUUUCACUUGAAUUCUCAACAGCAGGAACAAUAACCACCAGCCAUUGCUUAUUUUACUCAACGGCUCGGAUUUCCAGUUCAUCAUCCGAAGCUUGAAUCGAACCACCCGUAUCACAGCCCUCACAGCCCCCCAUCACCUCACCUCACCUCAACAUAUACAUAACAUCAACCCCCAUCUCCCAUUUCCUCAAUAUCAACCUCCUCAAACUCAUCCUCCCUCUUAUUACUCGUACUCAUUUUUAAAUCUUCAAUCUUCAACCUCAAUCUCGAUCCUAAACUCCUAAAUUAUCUACAACUCUUGAAGAUUUCAAUAUGAAGUACUUUCUUUCCGCGCUCGCUCUUACAGCCGCAACAAAUGCUGCCGUUCUUCCAAGACAAGUCAUUCCAUGUACAUUCUACAUGUCCGCGGUCGGUGAUCCAACUGAUCCAACUGGUUCAAUUGUCGAAACCACCAUAGGGGAAAACCGAAUUGGUGGAUCCUGGCCUCAAGGUGUCUAUAGCAUUGAUGCUAAAGUUCUCACCGAUGCUGAAGGUCAUAAUUGCAGUAUCUCAUCUACCACCUCCCAAUUUCAAUGUAUUGAAGGCUCCGCUGUUACUCUUUUUACAUUGGGAAAUAAUGGAAAUUUACUAUAUAACGAUACGAAUGAGGAUUGGCUAGCAUGUCCAGCUACGGGUCCAGGUGAAGAUGGAAGUUAUAAUAUUUUUACCCAAGCAAAAACCAACACGACAGGAUGUGAAACUAUUCAAAUAGUUACUGGAGGAUUUAGUUGUGCGGCUUUGGGAAGACCAACGAGUACUUCUACCACUCCAAUCGCGUCUGCUACCUCGUCUGCUUCAUCCACAAUUCCUGUAGCUACAUCAACCACCUCUGCUACUGCUUCAUGCCCAACGAAUAUCACCUCAGGACCCUUCGAAUAUCCACAUCUUAUAGUACCAGUCUCCUCUGAAUCUCCAGACUACGCAUUCGGUAAUCAAUUCACCGCGCAUAUCACCCCUCAAAAUAGCACCAUCUUUAACUUUGACGUACCAUCCACAGCCCCUUACACUGGUACCUGCGCACUCCUCUUUCUUCUACCCGUCGCAUCAAAUACUCAAGCUGGCACAUACAAUUUCACGGGUAUUGAAGAAGAAACCGAGGAGAAUGGAGGUAUUGAUUUCUCGCUAUUGAAUGGUAUUUCCAAUGUCGGUACGACUUAUAAUAGUCAACCAGCAGUCGAGACAGAUUUUGGAAAAGUUCAAGUUAUUCCAGGAAAUGGAUACACGGUUGCUACAUUUGCAUGUCCGACUGGAAAGACGAUUAGUUAUGCCGCGAAGAGUGUAGGAGGUUUGGGAUUGGAGUAUUUUGAAAAUAGUGCGGCGAGUGCUAUUGGUCUUUAUAUGGUACCUUGUGCUUAGUUGCGGGAAGUGUUUUGGGCGCUUGGAUUGGUGCUGUGUGUGUGGAGAUGAGGUUGUUUGGGUAUGAAGGGUGUGUAAUGGAGUAUGCAAUGGAUUAUGGCUAUGGACUAUGGGCUACGGAUCACGGAUUAUGGAUUACGGAUUAUGAUACUGAUGGAAUGAAGUAUGGAAAAAGUUCAUGAUAGAUUGGGUUUCACAUGACUUGCAUGAUAUGGUAUUCGCACGGAUGAAUAGGCUUUUUUGGAAGAAAAAGAAGAUUACUUUUAAUUGUUUAAUGAAUGCGUUGGCUUGGUUUAAUCGCCCUGGCUUUGUUUGGUUGAUGGCUCCGUGUAAUGGAAGAUUUCUAUCCCGUCGAUUUUUGAUAUUGCGGGUAGGUGGGUGGUUGUAUGGAGAAUAAUUAGAGAGUAAAGUGGAGAGAAAAGCGGGAGAGGAGAGGAAAGAUACAUGACUUUUGGACUUGAGAUUAUUCAUGAAAGGAAAACAAACCUUGCUUGUUUGUAUGCAGAUUGAAUGGAUGGAUAGAAAGAG